CCACACGCCUCCAAGAAUAAAGGCUGCAACAGGUGUUACUUCUGUGAUUUGUCCUGUGUCUGAGGCGUCUGUGAGAGAAUCGUUGUGUCCCAGUGAAUGAGACAGUAACAAAGGCAGCCACCAUGGAUGAUGUAUACAAAGCAGCGGUUGAGAACUUAACAGAGGAGCAGAAAAGUGAGUUUAAGGCAGCCUUUGACAUUGCAUGUCAGGAUGCGGAGGAUGGCUGCAUCAGCACCAAAGAGUUGGGGAAGGUGAUGAGGAUGCUGGGGCAAAACCCAACCCCCGAAGAGCUCCAGGAGAUGAUAGACGAGGUGGAUGAGGAUGGAAGUGGAACAGUAGACUUUGAUGAGUUCCUAGUGAUGAUGGUACGUUGCAUGAAGGAGGAAAGCAAAGGAAAAUCGGAGGAAGAGUUGGCCGAACUCUUUCGCAUGUUCGACAAAAAUGGUGAUGGCUACAUUGAUUUGGAAGAGCUGAAGUCCAUGCUGGAGUCGACUGGAGAGUCCAUUACUGAGGAUGACAUUGAAGAGCUUAUGAAGGAUGGAGAUAAAAACAAUGAUGGAAAAAUUGAUUAUGAUGAGUUCCUUGAAUUCAUGAAGGGGGUUGAGUAAUGGAGUCAAGAGAUGAGUGGACCCUGAUAGCCUGUGAGAAUUAACGUACCUCGUACUAGCCCUGACCACCUUGGCCAACAAUGAAAUAAUAUAUUUCUGAUUGGUUCCAUCUACAACUAAAUUAAACAACAGCAUCCAUUAUCAUUGUUUAUUGGUCUUGAUUGACAUAUUGUUUGCGGUCUCGUUUUCAUCCACAGUACAAUCAUCCCAUUCAUUAUGGAACCUUCAAUAAAAGAGGUUCUAAUGUC